GGAUAGCUGCUCGAGGCUGCUGGUGCUCUGUCUUCGUUUUCUUUUAGGGCAGUUUUUUUCAAAAUUACUGGAGAUUUUUUAGCGGCGGUACAAUGCGAGGAGACGAGUCAGAUACCGAGUCUGGUAAAUCAGACGACGGAGGUUUGAUUCGGAGAAGUCUUGAAAUGCUUUGUCAAGAACUAAAUAUGGAUGAAGAGACAGCAACAGAAUCUAUGCAAGACUUCACUUCCAUUUGGAAAACAUACACUCUAGAGGGUGAGGUGGUGCACUGGCUGGCCUGCUCUCUCUAUGCUGCCUGCCGUAAAGGUUCCACUCCCACUAUUGGCAGAGGUAUGGUAGAGGGCAACUGUGUCUCCCUCACCAGGAUACUGCGCUCUUCCAAACUUAGUCUGAUCGAGUUCUUCAACAAGAUGAAAAAAUGGGCGGACAUGUCUAACCUCUCCCAGGAUUUCCGUAACCGCAUAAGUCAUCUAGAAAGGAAUUUCGAAGUAUCGACUGUGAUUUUCCGCAAAUUUGAGCCGAUUUUUUUGGACAUGUUUCAGAAUCCUCAGGGUGAACCUCCCCGUCAGCCAAGAGGCAGGAAACAUAGGCGUCUUCCGUGCCAUAUCAGCGAUGUAUUCAAGUUCUGUUGGACACUUUUUGUGUAUACUAAAGGUAACUUCCGAAUGAUUGGUGAUGAUUUGGUGAACUCCUACCAUCUCCUCCUCUGCUGUCUGGAUCUGGUCUAUGGUAAUGCUCUACUCUGCACCAACAGGAAAGACCUCAUCAACCAAAAUUUCAAAGGUUUACCAAAGGAUCUAGAAAACUCAGAAGAGGCUCCUUGCGUGAUUGAGAAGUUGUGUGAACUGCAUGACGGACUUGUCGUAGAGGCAAAGGGGAUAAAGGAACACUACUUCAAACCCUACAUCAGGCGGCUCUUUGAGAAAAAAAUUCUGAAAGGAGAUGAUGAGACCCUCACAGAAUUGCUAGACACCCCUAACUUCCAAGACAAUAAUAAAGCCAUAAAUCGUGAAUAUGAAGAGUAUGUCCUGACUGUGGGUGACUUUGAUGAGCGGGUGUUUUUGGGGGCUGAUGCGGAUGAAGAGAUCGGCACCCCACGUAAAGUUGCCACUGAGCUGCCAUCCGGCCACCUGUCUGCCCGCAUGCAGGUGGAGAACAGCCUGCAGCAGCACUUUGAGAAGGCACGCUCUCUGGCUCCUUCUACUCCACUUACGGGUCGGAGAUACCUCAAAGAGAAAGAGGUGCUGAUCACCCCGGUCUCCUCAGCAACUCAAAGUGUGAGUCGACUGCAGAGCAUGGUAUCUGGCCUCCGUAACGCACCCAGUGACACCCUCUUGCAGAUCUUCAAGUCUUGUUCUCGUGACCCCACUGAAGCCAUUUUAAAUCGAGUAAAGACUCUGGGAGAGAUUUUUAAGCAAGCAUACACUAAACAAACAGCUGACCUUCCAGGAGCUCAUAUGGAUUUUGCGGAGAACCGCCUGAAGCUGGCAGAAAUCCUCUACUUUAAGGUCCUGGAGAAUGUGAUGACUCAAGAAAUGAAGAGACUCCAGGGUAAAGAUAUGACAGUGCUGUUGGAGCAGGAAGUGUUUCACUGCUCUCUCUUGGCCUGCUGUCUGGAGGUGGUGCUGUUUGCCUACAGCUCCCAGAGAACCUUCCCUUGGAUUUUAGAAACUUUCCAGAUCAGACCUUUCUACUUUUAUAAGGUUAUUGAGGUGUUCAUCCGUUCUGAGGAAGGUCUUUCCAGAGACAUGGUAAAGCACCUAAACACUAUAGAGGAAAAAGUGCUGGAAAGCAGAGCCUGGACCAAAGACUCUGUACUGUGGGAAGCAUUACAGAAUGCUAAUAAUAAAGUCCCUACUGUAGAGGAGGUGAAUUUCCCCAGUAGUUUGGACUCGGGUAAUAACAGUAGUGGGGGCCCCACUCACCUCCCUUUGGUGGCUCUGUCCCCCAUCAUCCACCCACGCAUCCGCGAGGUCCGUACUGGCAUGGGCUCCAGCAUCCGCAAAGACGUGCCCUCCUCUCCCAUCUCCCUCGAAGACCGAUACAGUUCUCCAGCAGCGGGCAGUGCCAAAAGGCGCUUGUUUGGGGAUGACCCUCAGUCUCCAGUGAAGAGAAUCUCUGUCACCCCCAUAAAAUUCAUCCCAAACACCCCUACAGAGAGCAGCCAGAAUACCAGUGCUGCAACUGUCCUCUCCAUGGCCACCACCAAUGGCCAGCAGCUCAGCAUACCCUUACCAGUGGUGAAGAAUGACAUGGGAGGCAUCACGGUGAUCCAAGUGCAGGCCAACGACAUGAACCCCCUCACGGCCCAGGUGCUGCUCACCUCCCCGGGCCGAGGCCCAGCCCCUAUUGCCGAUCUGCAAGUGCAGCCUGCCAGCAGACCCCGCCGAACCGGCUCCCUUGCCCUCUUCUUCCGAAAGGUGUAUCAUUUGGCAAGUGUCCGCCUCAGGGAUCUGUGUUUGAAGCUGGACAUCGCUGCAGACUUGAGAGCUAAGAUCUGGACGUGCUUUGAGCACUCCUUGGUCUACUGCACAGAUCUAAUGAAGGACAGACAUCUGGAUCAGCUCCUGCUUUGUGCCAUCUACAUCAUAGCCAAGAUCUCAAAAGAGGAGCACACUUUCCAGGACAUCAUGAAGUGCUAUCGCAGCCAGCCUCAAGCAAGCAGCCACGUAUACCGCUGUGUGUUGCUAAGGAAGAGAGUCCGAGAUCAGCAAGCUGAUGAGAAUAUGGAGGUUGACCCACCAGCAGAUCAGUCCAACGUCAGGACAGAGCGUUCCAACAGGGCAGAAGGUGACAGAGAAUCAGAAGAGAGGGGUGACCUCAUCCAAUUCUACAACUCUGUUUAUGUUUUGAAGCUAAAGCCUUUCGCGCUUAAGUACACCUUGCCAGCAGUUGAUAAAAUGGAGGCUCCGCCGUCGUCUCCGUUUCCCUCAGUACGAGCUCAGCCCCUUUCCCCACGGCGUAUCUCACAGAGACAUUCUAUCUACCUCUCUCCUCAUAAGAACGGUUCUUGCCUCACCCCCAAUUCCGCGUACACAUACAAGUUCACUGGCAGCCCGUCAAAGGAGCUGAGUGACAUCAACCGAAUGAUCCGUCAGGGAGGUGUGAGCAAAAAGAGGGCUUUCACCAUGGAGGGAGACGAGACAGAGUCCCCUACCAAACGCCUGAGCCAGGAGAGCGAGGACGUCCUUCUCAAACGUCUGCAGGAUGUGGUCAGUGAGAGAGCCAGCCACUGAGACAAUUUUCUCUCCCGUCAAAGAGGGAGAGAUACUGACGGUCACACAUUUGUUUUUUCAAUCAUGGACAAAUUGCAAUGCAGCAAAUCAUCUUUGAGCAGUCAAAGAGCAUUUCAUUCAUAUUCCCUCCUGAAGCAAGCUCAGACCUGCCUAGUGGCUUGUGCCCAUGGAGCAUGACUAACAGAUCAUUGUAAAAGCCUAAACUGUUUAAGUGGCAUUUCAGGCUCCUUAAAAAUCUGACAAGUACUCAAGUGUCAGUCUUUUGAACUGUAUCAAAAUAAGUUGAUCAAUACAUGCUGUAUUACCAAAGACCAUGCUCAAGUAUCUUUUUUGGGGUCUGUAGUCUUCAGCCUUUAAAACUGGGCUAUAUUCAGGACCUAGUCACAGUUUCCAUACUGAUGUUUGCAGAUACAGCAGUGAGUGAGGUAUAAAACGUACGGGUUUGUGUCUGGUAUCAAGAUGAAAGAUGUUCUGUGUAGAGACCCAUGAUUAGAUGAUCAUUGGGCCUAAUUGAUGAUCAUAUGAAAUGUCUUUUCUUUAACACCAGCAUGUGGUGUGUUUAAAAGUGUGUCCUCUGUACUGCAACCGUAUGCAGCACUCUGUCUUGAUGUGUAGUAUCUAUGCUUCAAGUGUUUUUUUUUUGUUUGUUUGUUUGUUUUUCUCCUUCUCUCCCUUUCCCCAUCCUCCUUUAAUAAGCUAAUGCAUUAUUCCACUCAGGUGGAGAAUUCAUGUGCUGAUGCAUAACCCUGGUUGUAUUGCUACAUUUUUACAUCAAUAUUUGGUUGUAAUUAAAGCUUUUAUAUAUUAUAAUUGGUCAUGAUGGUAUGUCUGUGAGGUGAUAAUUUCACUCAUAUUCUCCAUCUGUUUUGUUUGUUGUUUGAGCUCAAUGACAUCUUUGUAUGUUAAAUAUUCCUAAGAAUAUUGAAUGUCCUUUUUUUCUGCUCAGAAGGGGUUUUGAUGAGCAUCCUUUGUAAACACAUUCACACACCCAUUUGACUCUUAAAAUUUUAGAACCAAGUUCGUUUUGUACCUACCAGUGCCUUUUAUAUGUAAAUACAAAUAAAUCUAUUCCUACCACUU